GCAGCGUGAGAAACCGGUAACUUUCCCGGCAUUUCAAGAUCCUCUCUCUCUCUCUCUCUCUCUCGUUUAAACUUCAAUCAUCAAAGCAUUUAAGCAUUCAAAUCCGAAGACUAAACCUGGGUUGAUCUCAAGAACUUUUCAACACGUAUUAUAACAGAGCAUUUAAGGACGAAAUUAAUGAUACAAGUACCUCAACCGCUCUGAAGACGAUGGUGAGAGUAAAUGACUGGUGAUCAAGGGAAGCAAGCUAAGAAAUCUGAUGGUUUGCUUUUUUCAUUAACUCGAAGCGCGGUUUAUGAUAAUAAUGGGGUUUUACGACAUAUUCAUCGGACUCGCUUUCUUCAACCUUAUUCUGCAAUGCGUUGUCGGGAAUAAUGUAACGAGAUGUCAUGACAAGAAGCUCCCUUACCCAUUUGGAUUCUCAGAAGGUUCUGGAAUACGCCUGAAUUGCAGCGGCGACGGGGAUGCCAAAAUCGGGGGAUUUAAGGUUCAGAAUCUGACGGCUGACAGUAUUCUGGUCAGCAUUCCGGUGAGUUGCCGCCGUCGGAUUGAAAAUCUCUUGCCGCUUAACGGCCGGAACUUUAAGAUGUCGUCGCGAAACGGUUUUCUGCUGGAGAAUUGCAGCGAGCCGGUGACGAAUUGCACGGUGCCGACGAGCUGGGUGGAGAAUCGCCUUGGAUGGCGGCGGUGUAAUUCGACGAAUAACAACACGAGUUGUUUCUCCGAUGUGGGUAAAGGUGCGAGCUUUCUGAACUACGACCAGCUGAAGAGUUCGAAUUGCGCGGUGGUGGUGUCUUCAAUCGCGGUGGAUAACACGACGGGUCAGAGCUCCGCCGUGUCGCUGGAGCUUCAGACGGUGGAGCUUGUGUGGUGGCUGGAGGGGAACUGUAGCUGCCAUCGCAAUGCCAGAUGUUCAACCGUUGACCUUCAAAACGGAAGCAACGGGUACCGGUGCUCGUGUAAUGAUGGCUUCGUCGGAGAUGGUUUCGCCGGCGGCAAUGGUUGCCGGAAAGUUUCUGGUUGCAAUGCUUCCAAAUACAUGUCUGGUAAAUGUGGCGGGACGAGAGUUGGCGUUCUCGUUGGAGGAGUCGUUGCGGGAGCUGUUUUAAUGUCUCUGUUGGCUCUCGUCUACUACUGCAUUCGAAGGCGGUCUGCAUCUCUGAAGAAACGAAUGAGUGCUAAGCGGUUUUCAGAAGCUGCAGGGGGGUCGAGUGUUCUUCUAUUUCCCUACAGAGAGCUCGAGAGAGCUACGAAUGGUUUUGCUGAUGGUUCCCGUCUGGGAACCGGGGCGUAUGGCACGGUUUAUGCAGGAAAGCUCAACAACAAUGAACUGGUUGCUAUCAAGAGACUAAGGCAUCAAGAUCCAGAUGGGGUGGAGCAAGUGAUGAAUGAGAUCAAACUUCUAUCCUCUGUAAGCCAUCCUAAUUUGGUUCGUCUUUUAGGUUGUUGCCUCGAGAAUGGCGAGCAGAUCCUCGUUUACGAGUUCAUGCCUCACGGGACGUUGGCUCAGCAUCUGCAACGAGAGCCCCGGUCACAUCUCCCGUGGACCGUUCGCCUCGCCAUUGCCACUCAAACCGCUCAGGCGCUUGCUCAUCUUCACUCGGCUGUGAAUCCUCCUAUAUACCACCGGGAUAUCAAGUCCAGUAAUAUACUAUUGGAUUCGAGCUACAACUCGAAGAUAGCUGAUUUCGGGCUCUCGAGAUUUGCAAUGACAGAUGACUCCCACAUUUCCACAGCACCGCAAGGGACCCCGGGCUACUUAGACCCUCAGUACCAUCAAAAUUACCAUCUUUCUGACAAGAGCGACGUGUACAGCUUUGGGGUCGUGCUCGUGGAGAUCAUAACAGCUAAGAAAGUCGUGGACUUCUCCCGCCCCCACACCGAGAUCAACCUGGCAGCCCUGGCAAUCGACAGGAUUGGGAAAGGGCACAUGGACGAGAUAAUCGAUCCAUAUCUCGAGCCACAUAGGGACGCCUGGACACUUUCAUCGAUCCACAGGGUAGCGGAGCUGGCUUUCAGAUGCCUCGCGUUCCACAAGGACAUGAGGCCCUCAAUGACAGAAGUGGCAGAUGAACUGGAGCAAAUCAGGCUCAGCGCUUGGGCUCCUGUCGAGGAAAACGUAUGCAUGACGUCCUCAGUCGCCUCGUCUUGCUCCUCCCCACGCAAUGGCAGCGAGAAAUCGUUUGGUAGUUCGACUAAGAAAGGCGGGGUGGGAAGUAGGAGGGUGAUCCUCCCCCAGAAAGUCAUCAUUGGCCUGUCUGCCAUGGAGGAAAUUAAGGAUAGUUCUCCAGUUUCUGUGCAGGAUCCAUGGUCAAGUAAGGACAGUUCUCCAGCCAAUACCUUACUGGGUAAAUGAAACUGCUAGUUUAGAGUUUAGACACAACAAUCUCUAUAUAUAUAUAUAGCUGGCCUGUAUCUACUAGUAUAUUUGAAGCUAAACACCAAACAAGUAUAAUACUAGUGUUUAUUUUUGGCGCAAUAUACUUACCAUUCUGCUCU